AAGUAGAUACGCACACGCCACAAAUGAAGCGGGUUUCUUAAACUCGACGGAAGAGAAGGCACGCGCCGCCGCGGGGUGGAGACGAUGGCCCCCGCCGCCGCGGCGCCGGCGCCGGCCGCCACCGCCUGCUCCUCGUCGGCGAGCUCCGCGCGCCCGCCCUCCACCGCCUCCUCCUCCCAGUCGCCGCCCAGGCGCACGGUCCCGGCGCUCCUCCUCUUCAUCUCCCUCGCCGCUCUCCUCAUCCUCUCCUCCGGCGAGGCCCACGACCCCGACGCCGACUCCGGGCGCCCCCUCAAAGACGUUAGCUUGGAAUAUCCGGAGGUGACUUUUGCUCCCUCAUCCAUGGGUGGAAUUUUCUGUGAGCGAAUCCGCAUAUCUAAAAUACCAAGGUGGCAGUUUCAAAGCUAUGCAAAUCAAAUACAUAUAAGAAUGAAUGUCUCGCAUUCAUUGCCAGAAAAGUUCCAUUGGAAAAUACAGAUUUGCUUUCAUGGGAAUGUUUCUACCGGUCUGUGCCAAUGUGAGAUGGGUGAAUGGCAAGCUCUGCAAGGUGGCACGUGGAAUGCUGUCAAGUCUCCGUAUAACAGCAGAUAUGUUGAUGUGAAACUUACUGAUAAGAAAUCUGCUGUCUUCAGCCUUUCCAUUCAAGAAGAGCUUCAGAAGUGGCGUUUAGCUUGCCUUGGUAUUGGAUUUGUUCUGCUAUUCCUGUCACCCAUCGUUAGUAAAUGGGCACCAUUUUACUAUAGCAGCUCUAUGGCUCUUGGAAUCCUACUUGUGGUGCUGAUUGUCCUUUUCCAGGGGAUGAAACUGCUACCAAUGGGCAAGAAAGGUUUAUUUUACCUUACAAUUUACGGAUCUGUUUUGGGUGUUGGCUCCUACGCUGCACACUACUUCUCCUCAGUGGUUGCUUCUAUUCUGGAAAACUUUGGCUUGAGUGAGGAGAUGCACAAUCCUGUGUCAAUCUUCCUGCUGGUAGCAGUUGUCUUGACUGGAGCUGGUUUUGGCUAUUGGAUGGUGAGGAGAUAUAUCAUUUCAAAAGAUGGCUGUGUUGAUGCCGGGAUAGCACAGUUUGUCAAGUGGGCUAUGCGUGUUGUUGGAAUGUUCUUUGUUAUGCAGAGCACACUCGACCCUAUUCUAGCAUUCGCUGCUCUAGCUGCUACCUCGUGGGUUUGCUCUGUAUUGACAACAAAGAAAGUUCACAAGCCAACGGCACCGAAGCGAAAACAAUCAAAUGUUUCUUCUCAUCCAAGGUUUACUCAAGUAUCACCGAACACUCGCCAGGUCCAGUUCUUAAGUCCAUCAUCAAGGGCGGGUACUGGAAGAGCCACAACAACACAGUAUGGUUGGAACUAUUUAGCCAAUGGAGGUCUGGCCUCCUCAGCACUGGUAAAGAGGCUAGCACCCAAUCAAGACGAAGACUACUACUCCACCUUCCACAACAUCGAACCACGGAAGUACUCAAAGAGAGAAUGGGAGGAGUUCACCGAGGAAUCGACCAGAAACGCACUGAUGGAGCACACAGCCACCCCAGAGUUUGCCCAAUGGGCUGCUGACAACGCUCACCGGCUGCGGGUGGAGCGGGACGACUCGUCCGAGGACGAGUCGAUUGAGACCUCCUCAGGCUCUUCCGAAGAGGCCGAGAAAGGCGGAAAAGCUUCUAGUCUGUUGGGCAGGUUCAUGUGAUAUCGUCACCCGACUAAAGCUGCUUUUGCGGACGAUGUGUAUAAGGUAGGAUUGGGAACUUGGUAGCAGUAGCUAGUAGGAGGUGGAAGUUCAUCGUCUCCACGCGGUUCGCCAUUGCGGCAGAAUGCUUGGUGACUGUAGGCUGUUAGCUGGUUGGUUAACCACCGUCAUCCAUCUCAAUUCGACAACUGAUGUUAGGUUUAGCCGGCAGUCUGCCAUCCAUGGAUCUUUAAGUUUUAGCCGAUGCAUCAGGGGACAUGGGCCGGUGCCAUUCGAUGGAUUAGGGACCUUCGAUCCUGUCGGGAUCUUGCCAUUGUCUUGUUGAACAUCUCAUGUUUCAUUCUCAGGUGUGAGGGUAGCAUUUCAAGGAUCUUUAUCUGUUGUUAGCCAGGCAUGUAAACCAGAUUGUUUGGGCAUGUAGAUCAACUGGAGUUGGUUGCUGUAAA